CGUUAUAAAGAGAGAGCACCCCUAGGGUUUGUGCCCCGCCGCCAUCUCUUCUUAAGCCUUCGGCUCCCCGCUUCUGUAUCUCCCACCCGCGCCGCCGCCGCCGCCGCCGCCGCUCGACUCCCACAGGCAGCCAUGGCGGAGCAGACUGAGAAGGCUUUCCUUAAGCAGCCCAAGGUGUUCCUCAGCACGAAGAAAGCUGACAAGGCCAAGAGGCCAGGCAAGGCAGGCAACCGCUUCUGGAAGAGUGUUGGCCUUGGUUUCAAGACCCCAAGGGAAGCGAUCGAAGGUACCUACAUUGACAAGAAAUGCCCAUUCACCGGUACUGUUGCUAUCAGGGGCAGAAUUAUUGCUGGAACAUGCCACAGUGCUAAGAUGAACAGGACAAUCAUUGUUCGCAGGGACUACCUCCACUUUGUGAAGAAAUACCAGAGGUAUGAGAAGAGGCAUUCCAACAUUCCAGCUCACAUCUCCCCAUGCUUCCGUAUUAGGGAGGGCGACCAUGUCAUCAUUGGCCAGUGCAGGCCCCUGUCGAAAACCGUGAGAUUCAACGUCCUGAAGGUGAUUCCAGCUGGAUCCACUGGUGGGAAGAAGGCAUUCGUUGCUGCUUAAGUGCAGACUCUGAUUCAUGAGUAGUUUCAUAGUCAGAAGUGUUUCGCUUGAAAGUUCUACCAGGGUGGCGUUUUGACAUUUUAUUUGGAUAUUUUCUGCCAAAAUGUAGACUCGUUGUCUGAACAUGUUUUCUGGAAUCUAUCUACCUAUCAAGAGUUUUUGCUUAAA